CUUCAUGUGAAGAUCUGCGAGCUCCAGCAGCAAAGAAGCCGAGUGACGCUCCUCACUGCUGGUCGGACUCAACGAGGCUCAGUCACUGCAACUCAUCGAAUCCUUCAGUGACAGUCCUUCACAGACAGAUGACCGCAGACACAUGUUAAUAAAUUCUGAUUAAAAUCUCAAACUGUUGUUUAAAGCAACAUGGAAAGAAGACCACACAGCAGAUGAGCCACCAGAAAGGAGCAAGUGAUGGAGGAUAUGCCAGUGAAAAGUGGAGGAACUGGUGCAACAGGUGGUCAAAAGGAGGAUUCUCCUUUGUAGGAUGGUCAGAGACAAUCUUGAUAGAACAGUAGUUCAGAGCAGAAAACAGAACCAUACAGCUGUGACACAGAACCAAAGUAACCCCCCCGAGGAAUCAGCACGACCAAAACGAGCCCAGAGCCCAAAGCGAGUUCAAACAGAGAGUCAAGAGCCGACAGAGACGCAGUUAGAUCUACUGCAGUGGAAAAAACUACAGGAAGAACCUGAGUCCUGGUGCCAGCUAUUCAGUGGAUCUGAUGCUGAGAGCUUGCCCACACACCUCCGUCCAUUCAGCAGUGCAGCAGAGUACAAACUAGUGAAACGUACUUUCCAGCAGCUCCAACACAGUGGUUACUACUGGGGAUCAAUGACCAUGGAGGAGGCACACGCAAUACUCACAAAGGCACCACUGGGCACCUUUCUCAUCAGAGAUAGCGUCCAGCCAGAUGUUUUCUUCACUCUGAGUUACCAAAGUGAUGACGGCCCGACUAGUGUUCGUGUUCAGCUGAACAACCUGCUCUUCAGUCUGUAUGGCAGCCACAGGACUUUUGCUUCACUCUUUGCUCUGCUCACGUAUUACACCAGCUCAUCCUGUAAGCUGACGGCACCUUAUCGCAAGCAGCGUCCAGAGCACCUGAAGCAGAUGUGCAGGAGGGCCAUUAUACGCACGCAUGGAGCAGAGAAAAUAGGCACCUUACCUGGACUCAGCACUCAAGUUAAAGACUAUGUUCAUGCGUACCCUUGUUGUAUAUAGACAUGAGUGGACAGGGUGCCUGUCGCUGUAUGUUGUUUAUGUUUACUCUGUAUUUGUGUUAUUUUUAUUUCUUUUAAAUAACAAAAAUACAGCUCGAUCUGCUAGUUGUUCAGUGGCUAUUUGCACACAUUAUCACAAUGUUUUACAGAGUACUCAUGGUACAUGUUAUUACUUUUUGUUUAAUAGAAAAUCCUGUGUUAUUGCUCCACCAGUGCCUCUAUGAUACAUAUCAGUUGUAACAUCCAUUAAAAUGUAAACUUUGCUGCUGGUUAAAGCUGCAUUUAUUAGGGGCAAAAAAACAUCAAAACAGGCUGACAUAUCACUAUUUUAUUAUAAUGUCCUCCUGCAAACCAAGCUUUUGUUUCGUAUGCAAUUUUAAUUUUGCCUAGCUAUUUUGGGUUGGUAUGACCUGAGAAGCAUAAAAAAACUAAGCAACGUCUUCGAUCUGGAAAUUCUUUUUGAAAAAACAAUGUGCACCCAAUGUCCCCAUAUGGGAAUAUGCUGGGGGGAGGGCAUUUUUAAUCUCUAUUGUGGUAUGAAGUAUAUAACUAUUUAUUUCAAAUGCCUGUAAAUCAAAAUUGCAGGCAGUGUAACCUAUUUAAAGAUUUGUGAUUAGUAUAGUUUUUUUUUUAGCUCAGUAUGAUUUUUUUUCUUGCUGUAUGCUAGCAAGGAGUGGCCUUUUUGUCUGUAGGAGCAGUCUGUCACAACUGCUGCAAAAAUGCAAUUAAAGUUUGAGUACUUCCUAAUUAACAGUAUUGUAGCUUAAAAUUGCUUAAGUGUAUAAACUUUGUCUGCUUUAACCACUAAAGUCAUUAAGCAUAAAUAAACAUGUAGACUAUAAAAUGUAA